AUGAAGGUUACCAUAGCCUCUAUGGCCAUGGCCAUCCUUUUGGGUGCUUCCACCGCCCUCAGUGCUGCAAACUCCAAGGACAGUGACGGCAUUGUUCCCAUCACUGUGAAGGGAAAUGCCUUCUUCAAGGGCGAUGAUCGCUUUUACAUUCGUGGUGUCGACUAUCAGCCUGGUGGUUCCUCGAAGCUUCAGGAUUCUAUCGCCGACACCGACAGCUGUAAGCGUGAUAUCAAGACCUUCAAAGAACUGGGCUUGAACACCAUUCGUGUCUACCACGUCGAUAACUCCAAAAACCACGACGAGUGCAUGAAAGCCCUGGCGGAAGCUGGAAUUUACCUAGUCCUCGACGUGAACACCCCCAAAUACUCGCUCAACCGUGCCGAUCCCGAUACCUCCUACAACGACGUGUAUCUUCAAUAUAUCUUCGCUACCGUCGAGAUGUUUGCGAAAUACGAUAAUACCUUGGCCUUUUUCUCGGGUAACGAGGUUAUCAACGAUGGUCCUACCUCUGCGUCUGCUCCGUAUAUCAAGGCCACUACCCGUGACCUACGGACUUUCCUCCGUUCUCGCAACCUCCGUCACGUCCCCGUUGGUUAUUCUGCUACCGACGUUGAUACCAACCGGCUAGAGAUGGCUGAGUAUAUGAACUGCGGUAGUGAUGAUGAGCGAUCCGACUUUUUCGCCUUCAACGACUACUCCUGGUGUGACCCUUCCUCUUUCACUACUUCAGGCUGGGAUCAGAAGGUUAAAAACUUCACCGGCUACGGCAUUCCUCUUUUCAUCUCCGAGUACGGCUGUAAUACCAAUACCCGCAAAUUCGGGGAGGUCACCGCCCUCUACUCUACUGAUAUGACCCCCGUCUACUCCGGCGGUAUCGUCUACGAAUACUCCGAGGAAGGUAGCAAGUGGGGCCUAGUCAAAAUCGACGGUAGCGAUGUUAAAAAACUGAAGGAUUACGAUGCUCUCAAGUCUGCCUUUGACAAGACCGACAACCCCAAGGGCAACGGCGGGUACAAUUCCACUGGAGGCGCAUCCGGCUGCCCGAAGAUGCAGAAGCCCAACUGGAAUGUCCCUAACAGCGCUCUCCCUGCUAUGCCCGUACCUGCGAAGAAAUACCUUACUCAGGGUGCUGGAAAGGGUGCAGGUUUCAGCGGUCCAGGCUCUCAGACCGCUGGCACCAAGUCAUCCGGCACCGCAACGCAGGGCUCUGGCGAGGUCGCCGCUGCCACCAGCGGCGGCAGUGGCGCUGCCUCCGCAACUGGCUCUGAAGGUGCUGCUGCUGGCCUCAAGCCCCUGCAAUUGAGCACCCCCGCUACCCUUGGCUUGAUGAUUGUCUUGUCGACAUUGUUCGGCGCCCAUUUGGCUCUCUUGUAA